GCAUCGGACGGACACUGACAGACCCUUCUAGUAGACUUAGGAAAAGGCGAAGGCAUCCACCAGUACAAAUAGACGGAUAAUUUCACUGCGCCGCUCGAUCCCCGUAAGGCACGAGCGAGAGUCAUCGACGACGUGUCAGCGUCAUCGUCUUCUUUGGGAGCAAGAAGGCGUGCGGUGGGAUGGCCACAAGAACGGCCGUGAGGAGGAUUCCCCAGCCUGCUAACUGGGCGGCGGUUGCGGAGGCCGCGGCGAGGAGGAUGGAGGGCGUAGGCGGUGGCCGCGUGCCGCGCUACUUCAGCGACAAGACCUCCGGUAGGGUGCUCAGCGAGGAGGAGCGCGCAGCCGAGAACGUCUACAUACAGAAGAUGGAGCGGGAGAAGCUGGAAAAGCUGAGGAGGAAGGCGGACAAGGACAAGGCCGAGGCAGCCAAGAGGGACAAAGGGGACAAGAAGGGUGAGGAGGCGCAUCCGAGGUGAUCGCCCGAUCACAUGAUACGGUGAUGGCGUGGAGAAGGUUAUGGAUUACUCUGUCCGUGGUGAUAAUAUGAACUAUACUCGUAGUGAUGCUAUCUUGUCGUUGUGAAUUAAUAGUAGCGACUUUCUCGAGCCGACUAUGUACGCAGUUGUAAGAUAAAUAACGAAUAAAUCAAGGACUAGG